GAUGAUAAUAAUCAUAAAAGUGAUUAUUUUAUAAAUCGUAAUUGAAAUCCGAGUAAAGAGAAUUUGCUGAGUUAUUCUAAAUGCAUGUGUGGAACGUGUACAAAUUUUACAAGUACAUAGUUCUUCGACAGGAAGGUUCUUGACCCGAAUAACUCUUCGCAUACUAUAUCUAUAGGACGAUUCUUGGAAUUUCAAAACAGGAUUACAUGACUUUCCAAUUCGCCCAAAAGUUACGUAUUAUUUGUUCGAUAUAUCACGUUCCGUUCAGUAUUUAUAUUAUACUUUUUCAGAAGAAAUCCACGUUGGUUAAGAAACCUGAUAAUCAAUUGCUUCGCGCUUUCAACGUUAUAAAUGUCGAGUACAUAUAAUAAGUAAUACGUACGUAUAAGUGGGUAAAAAUUCCACUACUACAGUCUCUAAAUCCUCACAUGAGAUGUUUGAUCUUUUUUUCGUUAGUGAUUUUUUCUAAGCAAAAGUAUGCAUUACGAGAUUUGUAACUGAGUUUCUUUUUUACAAUUAGUACAUUAAACGUUUGCUUACGACUCAGUGGUGUUAUGUCGUAAUUAGUUUGCAUCGCUAAUGGUGUCAUUUUGUAAGUUAUUGCAUUAUUUAUAUUUAUACGCCGUCUUCGUCACAUCAGAUGUUGAUAUGCAUACACUGAAAGAGUCAAUGAUCGUUUAUAGAAAGGUUAAAUAUAUAACUAGCGAGUAGCUACCUACGUGGUCCAUGUCUCUCGUUAUUUCAAGAAGCAAAUGAUACAAUACUUAUUAACCCACUGCUACGGUGGUCAGUUUGUCACGUAGACAGUAUACGUACUACGAUAUAUACCCACAGGAUAUGACUCUCCUAUUUCUUGAUUAAGCGAUUAAACGAAAAAGAUUAACGUUAAUCGCGUUUAAUUUCGUGGUCAGUUAUUACAUGCAGAAGGCGUGAUAACCACAGAGUUACGAGAUAUAGCGUAACUAAUGAUGAAAGGAGUGGCAAACAAAUAGGAAAUGACACCCAAAUCAGCCAGUUCUAAGACAAGUGACGCGAAAGACGGACGUCAUAAGAGUAAUUUGACCGGCUUGAAACGUGAUAAUUCUAUUUUACACGACGCAACCGGCUCAUGUAAUUAUGAUCGCAGCAGUCCUAUGCGUGACAUCGGCUCUUGUACCAACUACUGACAGAAUACACGUUAGUCAUCCUCAAUCGAGAAUAGCAGCCUUUAUUUACCUAGCUUCAUUCGUGAUGCAUCUUGGUGCGCAAAUUUGGAUGACUUUUGUAUCAGGUCUUACCUUGUACUUCGCAUUACCAAGACAUACGUUUGGGGAGGUGCAGCGUAUCCUGUUUCCAAGAUACUUCACCAUUAAUGCAUGCCUUAGUCUCACUACACUUCUUAUUUUCGUCAAACAUCAUCCUAUACACACAUGGAACACUGAAAUUGCCAUUCAGGUAGGUGGUAUGUCCAGUGCCUUUUUUCUGGAGCUAUUGAUACGACUCUACUUGACUCCGCCUCUUCUACGGCUAAUAGUACAGAAGAAUACUCUGGAACGUGCUGCUGGUGUCGGCAACGAGAUUGGUGUUCACAAUCCUGGUUCUCUGAAACACUGCCCCCACUAUUUAAAGAUUCAUCAAGCAUUUAGACGCGUCCAUGUUUAUAUAGCAAUGGGAAACAUGUUGACUAUGGGAUGUACGGUGUUACAUCUCCAUUAUAUAGCUAGUAAAUUAUGCUUUAUUUAAAGACACCGUUAGUCCCCUAAGUAAUGAGUUUUACUGAAUAUAUCUGUAUUCAGAAUCUUCUGAAGAGUACUAGUACACUAGUAAAUUAGCAAAGAAACGCUAAUAUGUACUGCUUUCAACGUCAUAUAGUGUUUGCUUCUCAAUACAGAAGAUAUUUAAUGAAAAUAUCCGAUAUGUUCUUUGAAAGAAAAAGAGCAAUUCAUAAGGCUGAUGAAUAUGCUUGUAAAAGAACGAAGUGAGUAUUCUAAAACGCGUUUAGAAUUCUCUACAUAUCCAAAAGGAUUGAAAAUACUGAACUUGAUCUAUAUCCCUGUAGAACGAGCGUUCAGUAAUUUAGGCAUGACAGUAAAAUGAAAAAUUUAUACUUUCUAGAAUUCUCAAAAAAGAACAUGAUCUAUUAAUUUACUGUUAACGCGAUGCAUUAAUUAUAAUAAAAAUGUAACGAUAUACGAAUGACGAUAAACGUAACUCUUCUACGUUUAACCGUGAGAUAAUUACUGUUUUGUCGUUAAUCACCUAAUCUCUUAUUUGUUCCUCUUUUUCUCCGGAAGAGAAGUGGAAUGUGCGUGUUUGUGGUUCGUACGUGUGCCUUCAGUUAAAAUGCAAGAGAAUCACUUGGCUAAAGAAUGAAUGAAUCAUGGAACUAGUGAAAAAAACAAAAUAUACACUUUACAGUGAGAUAAAUUACAUGUCAUUAGCCCUUAUUUUUUACAUAUAUAUACAUAUAUAUGAAAUUUAAUGGAAUAUUCCCAGCGAGAACAAGAUAAAAUAGGUCUUGCCAAAGUUUAAUGUAAAUUAUUGAUAGGGAUAAUAUCUUUAAAAUUUAUUCGACGUAGCUAUAUGUAUAAAUAUGCCUUUUAACUAUUGAUGUUAAAUUGAGAAAAAGGAAAGAAACGUAAGAUCUUUGACUAUAUUAAAUAAAUAGAUAGUAAAAGGCUUGCUCUGCAUCAGAGUUAGUGAUAUUUAUUGAAAUAGCGAUAGCAUUAUAAUAGUUUAAUCCUAUGUCUGUGUAAAGUUAUCGGAUAUUUAAUGGAAAACGAACGGGAGAUUAUCGUGAAAAAUUAAUGUAUUAAUUGACUAAUAUUUUGUCUCGCACACACAUUUCAUUAUUGUAAAUAAUGCAUCUCGCUCAUUAUGUAGUUAUAAAUUAUAAAACACUUGAGUACCAAUAUAAAUCGUACUUUUCUAAAACAUAAA